GUCCGACCCGGACGUUCGAGGGAGACGCAUCCGUCUUCUGUUACGUUACGUACACGCACCAGUCAUACGCACGUUGCGUCUCUCGCUCUCGUACGCGCUCGUAGGAUUCGUAUCCCGAGGCAGUUUCCGAUCUGUGGGUGCUUGUUUUACGCACAGAGAGGGAAAAAGAAAGAAAGAAGGAGAGUCUCGUACUCCAGGAAACGACCUCGUGCGCGCGGUACACGAGGCCUCCUCGGACGAAAACGAAGCACACGUUUGCCUACGCGCAACGUAGACGGAUAUUUAAACGUGUCGUCCGCGGCGGGGAGAGAGAGAAGGAUACACGGGGGAGGGAGGGAGAGAAAGCGAAGAAAAAGCUCUCUCUGGGCCGUCUCGCCGCCGGCUUUCCACGGCCACGAAUCGAUACCACGCGACCGUCGUCGUCGUCGUCGUCGUCGUCGCUGCCGCCGCCGCCGCCGCCGUCGUCGCCGCGUCGCUUGUUCCUCUCUCUCUCCCUCUCUCGCGAACGCGUGGCUCUUUCUCCGCUCUUUUUGGCUUUCUUCCCCAUCGUUCGUUUCGGAAGAAGCGGAAUCACGCCGCGACGAGGACCGACGCGACCGGGUGCAUCGCCUGCUCGCGACGCCUCGAGGUGCGCGACGUAGCCCCCGAGCCCAUCCCCGGAAAGGAACGGUAACGGUGAUGGUCCGUUUGCCCUGUUGAAGCCUGUUCCGUAAGCGAUCGAGGGUUUUCACCCUUGCCUCACGAGGAACGGUGAUUGCGCGCGACCAGGAUCGCCGGGACGACCGGUUGAUGUGAACUUUUACAAGUGGCGGUUCAGUGACACGUGACGCUGUCAGUUCGUCGCAUUUAUCUCUCUUGGUGUAUUCUGUGACGAACGGGGGUAACGCGACAGGUGAGACACUUGGCCACCUCCUGAUCAUCGUAAAAUGUAAAGCCGGUCGCGAAAGGAAGUUACGUCCAAUCGAUCGAAUUCACGGUGCAAAUUGGUGCGUUGGGAAACAGGGAGGCUGUGAUGAGGGAAGCCGGCUAAGAAGAGCCCGUGUCGCGCAAGCGCCGGUAGAGGAGUAUAGGAAAGAUGCCGCUUUCCUCGAGAGUCUUAUUAAGCCGGCUGCUGCUUCUAAUCAUCGCAGGAAGCACCGGCGCCUUCAGCUCCCGGCAAGGAGAAUGCUCAUUUCCAGCGAGAUGGGAAGGCAAGUGGUUUCAAAGUGGCGUGAGGCAAUCAAUAGAUAUACUCAAGAACGAAUUAUCAACCAAGGGCAAGUGCCUGCACAACGAAGGCGACAAGUUUCUUCUAGUAGAUUCAAAAUCAUGCUAUCGCUGCGUCGUCAUUCACGAGAAACACCCCAACGUUCUUCAGUACAAAGAGACUUUUUGCCACAGUAAAAAUUCUCUGGCGUCCUUAUGUUCAUAUAUUACGGGCGAUGCGUUGCUGUACUCUAUGUUUCGCGAGGAAGCACCCCCCGUAGCGUGCCCCUUUCGUGGACCCAUGACCUUCUCGUACAAUCGGGGCCAUGGUACGUGUUCAAAUCCACCGAGCAACGUCGAUACUUGUACAGAUGACAGCAGACUCCUCUUCAAGUACCAAGCCUGCCCCGAUGUAUCCGCUUCAGAGAGUGCAGUGGAAGAAUUGGAAUGCCUGGCCACCUGGAAGGAGGGCAGCAGCCGUUACUUAGUUGGCCGUCUGCAUCACGGCCACGCGUCCAGUAACGAGGAUCGAUACCGAUGCUUCGUGUACGAGAAGGCCGGCCAGACGGUGCAGGGUAACCUGAAUAGAGCCGCCAUGGGCAUAGGUGCCAUGGAUCAUGAGGUCGCUCUGCCGGGUGGACCGGUGCCCGAGGGCUCCGCCGAGGUAUACCGGGUGGCACAGAGCGGCGACGCCACGUGCAAUGGUCUGUUCAGUCCCAUGGAGGGCUCCCGAACGAUGACGUUGAGGAAAGUCUCGUCUCCGGGUGAAUGUCGGUUUCCGAUUUGGCUGACCGGACACUUAAGCAGCGGACUGACUUGGCACACUCUGGACCUCAACAGAUCUUACACGUUUCAUCCGCGAAACGCUUCUUUGCACGUCGCUCCAAACACGACUUCGUCAAGCUUUGAGAGCGGGUCCAUGGACUCACAAUACGUGCUCGGAUCGCAAGAUCAAGACGCGAAGAUCCUCUGCAACAGCAUAAAGCAGUCGAACGGAGCUCAGACCAUAACAAUGACAAUGUUGGUGGCGCACUUCACUGUUGGCUGUUGGAGCGGUUUUAUGUGCAUGACAUUCUACCGAAGAGACCGCCACGUGAUCGAGCUGCAGACGGGAAAAGCAGUAUCUAGACCGGAAGAAGCAUGUAGUCCGCCCCAUUUUCUGCAGCACAGUAUGCCUUUCCUCACCUUAGUCACGAGUUCUCCGGAACCGCGUACCUGUCCGUACUUGGGUAAGUUCACGGUGACAGACGUGAAUAGGACACGGAAUACGCGCGAGAGUCGCAGAAGCCAACACCAGCAAGGGUCCUUACCCAUCCGUCACGACGGUGAAAAAGUGCGACACGCUCAAGAAAGGAACGAGGAUCGGCGGAGCCGCAAGUUGGAUUACGAGGUGGAGAAGAGACGGGCCAACAACGAGUAUUUGAUCCAUGAAAGAAUGGGUCGACGGGCGCGUUCGAAUCGCGGCAAUCGGGGUCACAAAGACUACAGCCUGGAGGAAAUCGCCACCUCAUCGAGAAGAUCCGAGCUGGAGGAUACCUUCCGAGAUUUGCAAGAGCGUGCCCUGCGCUCGAAGGUCAGAAGGUCAGGCGAUCACUCGGAGCAACGUAUCACGGAGAGCUUGCGCUCCAAGACGAGAAGAUCACGCGCUGUCAGUCGCUUCGAGAAACACGUUUCGCAAGAGGCUGAAUACGCGAAGGUCAGCAACGAAGGUAGAGAAAUCAAGGACGAGAUAAACUCGAAAGAUAAGGAGAACAGAUCAAGAAGAUAUCCGAUAGAAGACUUCCGGUCGAACGAUGGAACGGAUACGAUCGGACGUUUCUGGGUCGUGGAAGACCCUUGGAGCCCCAGCUCACUUCAGGUGCAGGACGAUUAUUUCGGGGAUUAUCUGGAGGUCGAAAAUCCGCCACGAAAGAGAUCCGCGUCGGAUAGUCCGACCGACAAAGGUUAUAUGACCUACAGGGAUCUUCUGAGGAUGAAGAGGGAGCUUGAGGAACGCGAAAGAGACGAGAGCGUUCCGGAGAGAAGGGAGAAGAGGAACGAAGAUGACUCGAGGUGCAGCUCCGAGGUGACGACCUUAACCGUGGGCUGCUCCACAGCAGACAGGAUGGAGUUUCAAAGUGACUGCGUCGACGCUAUCACCGCCUACUCUUGCCACGGUAGAUGGUUUGACGCCGAGGGCACGCAGUUCGUGAUCGCCACCCCGUUGGCGCGCAGAACAGCGUGGUCGAACAGCGAGAGCAACAAUAGAGCGCAGCCCUACAGAAACAGCCGUAGACUGUGCUUCAUGUACAAAGAGAGCGGCGGAGUUGUCAGUUUGACUGCUAGUCCCAUAGCGUGUCAGAGGGGCAUCCCGCCGCCCACGCCGAUGUUGGCCUUCAACGCUACCAGCACCGGUCAAUGCAUGGAAACAAAUGGCGGGCAAAUCAGCCGAUCGACAUACCUGACGAUCGCUCUGCUGAUGGUGGCUGUUGCAAUAUUCAGGAUCAGGGUUCUCAGAAGAGAAGGAUCGAUCAACUUUCGUUCAACAGGUAUCUCCAGGUACGCACCGUGAAGAUUAUUACCGUCAGUGCGCACAGAAAAACGAGAAUGACUCGCGCCACGAGCGAGUCAUUUUUCAUCGACAGGUAGGAUUUAGGCUACUUAGGACACUUUAGCGGUUAUCACAUUAGGAGCCAUACUGUACCUAUGAGCGCAGCGUACACACACACACAUAUAUAUAGCGUAUAUGAAGUAGUUAAGAUCGGACCUAGUUGUUAAGAUUUCUCUAGCUUCUUAGGGGAUAAUAAGCUCAUUGUGAACAGCAAUCAGAUCUGAUCUAGAUGCCCCGCGGUUAUGAAUCACGCAUGUACAAUUCCGACAAAGUCCGGUCUUCAGUCUCGUGUCUGACAACGAAGCGCGAGGUCUGUCGGAGGAGUGUGCGACUAUCGGUGAAAAUAACUCGAUACAGUAAUAAUUUAAUUCACAUUUUUUUUUUCAAGAACUAGGAAAAAUUAAUGUCGAAAUUUUUUGAACUUUAAUAUAUAUUUUCUGUGCCUGUUUAAGAAAAAGAUCAUGAAUUAGAGUGCUAUAUCCGAUAUUCCAAUUUGAGAAACCACGCAAAGAUUUGUAUUCCGCAUGUUCCGAAGGCUUCCGACAUAGAAAAUUUUUAGAAUUAAGGGAUUUAAUUUAAGGGAUUGUUACAUAGUGUGGAUUGAAGUGCUGAAUUAAAAUGCACAACUUAUGCCAUCAACCGGAACAGAAAGGAUAGGUUUCCAAUUAUUUAAUACCCGAUAUAUUUUAGUUAAAACAGUAACUGUUUAUUUUCCUUUCGAGUAUUGUUAAAAUUAUUUCGUAUAAACUUAAUAUCCGAGAUUUCAAAUCUCGCGAUUUUUUGUUUCAUUAUCUCACUUAUUGCAACGGAAUAGAACCGAGUGUACAAAUAUUUUUCAAAGUGUUUAUAUAUAUUUUUCCAUUUAUUUCUAUUCGCUUUCGCAAUUUCCGCUUUACGCAAAGCUACAGAAUGCACGCAAUAAUCAGAUUAGCCGAAGCUGACACGAACAAAAAGUGGAACGGACUAGCGAUAUCAAAGAAUAAAAAUUGCUAUUUAAACAUUGCUACGCGCGCAUUACUUUGCUUUUUAACUUCCGCCAUCUUGCAGUUUACGUUUGAAAACACACGCUUUUUGAACAAUUCGUCCAUAAAUUGCAUUUUAUUAUUUUUUAAGGAAUCAUUUUAAUUUAAAAUGUUCUCGCAGAAAAGAAAAGUUUAUUAAUAAAUGACAUAUGUGUGUGUAUAUUUGUAUCAUUGAGUUAGUAAAAAAUUUGAUACACUGAUACACACACAUGUGAAAGGAAACUUGUGAAUAUUUUACACCAUGUUUCGCAAUCACGAAUAAAAUUUUCGAUGAUGAGAACGAUCGAAUACGGAAGUCACGCGAGAUCGUAACCGGCACUCGAACGAAUGUUCGAAUAUUCUAUUAUUUUCGAUUUGCUCGAUGCAAAUAUCGAGAGAUUCGAUAAUUAUCAGAGCACUUGCAAACAUUAUUGCUAACUGACCGCUUCCGCUCGCGUCACUCUCUUUCUCUCUCACUCUUUCCUUCUCGCUUCUCCUCUCUCUUUUCCUCUUUUUCCUUUCUUUCUUUUUUUCUCUUAUUAAACAUUAUGCAUAUCAUUUAAUGAGAUUGGUGCAAUUGUCCUGAUGCAUUUAAUCCUAAUUUGCAUUGCGUAUCCUAAUAUCGUACGCGAGCAUUCCGCUAAUGGAAUCACUAAUAGGAUACAAAAAUAUUUUUCUCGCUUGUUAUUGUUUUCGAUAGAUUAGACAACCUCCGGCAGAAAAUUUCUAUCGAUCAUAUCGCGCAAGGAAAUUCGCCGCACCGCAUUUAUUUUAUUUUAUUUGUAUGUACUCAAUGAAUUUUCUAUAGUAACGAAAUUUACGGUGACAAAAUAUCUGACUCGAAAUAUCUCGGAAAAAUAAGUGAUUCCACACAUCACAAAAUAAGUCAAUUUAAAAAGUUAAAUCUUCAAAGAAACUGUUAAAUUCUGAUUUAUAAGACUAAUUAUUUUAUUUUAUUUUAUUUCUUAUUAUUCAUCGUCGAAUUUGAACUCGCAAUAUAUCUGCUAAAGACAUAAAAACAUUAAAUUUUUAAAACUCUUUUUCGAAGCGUCGGCUUUAUUUAGAGAAAUGAAAAUUAUCCUUAACAGCUGAUCUGAAUCUCUUUUGACAGAAGCGCUGUCAGUGAUGAAUCGGUGCACAAUCUCCAAAAUGAUGUUAAGACGCACUUUUCGCGAACGCACUGCACGCGGUUGAUUUCACCGCAGUGCGGAUGUGGCUUCGAAACCGAUGUGAAUACCGAACAGGGAUUAGAGCAUCACGUUUAGCCGUACGGGCCGGCGGCGCGGCGUACCGAGACGAUUAACGAUUUUAUGGAAGCUCGUCUAAUGGGAUUAUCGGAUUACUUCCGUGUCGGUACAAGUACUCCGCGCGCGCACUAUAUUACUCCUCGCACUACUCUGUGGAUUACGUUCUCAUUCUUGAGAUCGCUGACGCCGAACUGUUAUUCUUUGAGAUUUCGGAUGCGAGAUUUCUCAGCCACCGAGUCACGAUGAAAUUGGUUUCGUCGCAAACGAAUAAUUUGAAUAUCGAUUUUGUUCUUUAUUAAAUGGAUUUGUUACUUUGAUAACAGCAUGGAACAUGAUGAAAAUAGAAAAUUAAAUUAAAUUAAACUAAAUUAAAUUAAAUUCAGGGAAAAUGCGCUAUUUUUGAAGUGUGUAAAUAAAACGCACGUUUAAUAGAAU